CUGUUUAGUUUGGUAGUUAUGUUCAAUCUUGCUCUGUGAAACCAUUAAAAUAUCUUAUCUUUAAGCUUGUAAUAUGGUUGAUGUAUUGCCUUCUCAUUUCCCCUUUUUCAUAUAGAAUUAAAAGAGGUAUGGCGUCAGAAAGCUAAAAUACCAGCUCAAAAAGAGGCAUCUUCACAUACUCUCUGAGUCAGCUUAAAGAAAAGAAGUAAUACAUGGUGCUUGUUAGGAUUGAAUGAUUGAACUGCUGACCAAAUAUAUGUUAGGAUUUAUACAUGUCUAACCAUAAUUAACCAAAUACACUUUUCUUGGGAUCUCUUGGAGAAUUGAACAAAAGAAGAAUAGGUCUUUCUUACAAUAGCUUUUCAAAAAUGGCCGAACACACCGUCAUCUCAGACUGUUUCUGAGUAAGUUAUUUUUUUCAAAAAGUUCAUGUCUGUGCCUUUAUUCAUGUCGAUAGGCAAUGGAUGAGUCAUCAACUAAAAGUUAAACAUUCGCCCACCAUUUGUAUCCCUUUAAAUGCACCUGCAUUUUACUGGUUUUGAUCAACCUCAAAGCAUUUCUUCAAUCUCUUGAAAGUAGAGCAUUCCAGACUUGUUGCAGACAACUAACAAGGUAGCUGGAGAUAGAGAUACUGAAUUGUUGGCACUUCUAGAAAUAUGAAGAACCAACUCCAAGAACAGGUUAUUGGAAUCCCAGUCAGCUGCCAAUAUGAUAAGCCAUCUCCUUCAAAUGACUCUAGGGCAAUCAUCCCAAAAAAAAUGGAUUCAACCAAUUAUAGGAUGAACAAAAAUAAUAAGAAAUCAGACAAUUUUGUGGAUGGAGUUCGAGAGCAUGUGAGAUUAGGGCCUAAGUUCUCUGAAACUGUGAAGGGAAAGUUGAGCUUGGGGGCUAGGAUUCUUCAACUUGGGGGAGUGAAGAGAGUUUUCAACCAAAUUUUUGAUGUUAGAGAAGGAGAGAAACUAUUGAAGGCUUCCCAAUGCUAUUUAUGGACAACAGCAGGCCCUAUAGCAGGCCUCCUCUUUAUCUCUACUCAAAGGGUUGCCUUUUUCAGUGAAAGAUCAAUCAAAUUUUCUUGUCCAAAUGGUGAAUUGGUUAGAAUCCAUUACAAGGUCUCUAUCCCACUAAGAAAGAUAAAGAGAGCCAACCAAAGCGAGAAUGUGAAAAAUCCUUCUCAGAAGUACAUGGAAAUUGUUACCGUUGAUAACUUUGACUUCUGGUUUAUGGGAUUCUUGAAUUACCAGAAAACUUUCAGCUAUCUUCAAGAGGCAAUCUCUCAAGUGCAGAAUCCACUCUAGAACUGAUUCAAGUCAUAAGUUUACUCCCUCCCGCCUCAACAAAUGUAUUUACUUGAACCUGAUAAAGCUUUGCACAAUCAAAGGCUUUGUAUAAAUUUUUUUGUUAAUGAGAAAUUGAUCUCCAAUUCUUCAACCGCUUAUA